AUGUCGCAAACUGCCACAGAGACGCGGCAGGAGGCGCAUCAUACACCCUUCGGCCCUGAGGCGGUUGAGCUUGCCCGUCUGAGCUCCAGCCACGGCCGUCCACUCGGCGAUAUUUCCCCGAAAAAGGACGGGCCCGAGGAGCACCAAUCCACCGAUUCGAAAGGCGGCGGCACCGAACCCCCCGAGAAUGCCCACGGUGAGGUUGAAAGAUGGAACUCACCGAAGGGCAACAUGGGAAGGCUGGGUUUCGCAUUCGUCUCUUUCAUCAUCGCUGGCAUGAAUGAUGCGGCAGUUGGUGCUUUGAUUCCAUACCUUGAAACCUACUACGGCCUCAGCUACACGAUCGUCUCUCUGAUCUUCUUAACCCCUUUCGCCGGGUACUCUGUUGCAGCAUUCACCAAUGCCCGCAUCCACCAAAAGUUCGGCCAGCGUGGCGUCGCCAUCAUGGCACCUAUCUGCCACAUCAUAACAUACAUCGUUUUAGCCCUCCACCCACCUUACCCUGUACUAGUCAUUGCCAACAUGAUCAGCGGUUUCGGAAAUGGCCUCACCGAUGCGUGUUUCUGCGCAUGGAUUUCCACCAUGGCGAAGGGCAAUACUAUCCAGGGGUUUCUGCAUUCGUUCUACUCUGUCGGUGCUCUCAUCGCGCCUCUUAUUGCUACUUCCAUGGUGGUCACGGCUGAGCUGCCUUGGUACAACUAUUAUUACUUCAUGGUGGGCAUGUCCGUGGUGGAGCUCGUCGGUCUUACCAUCACUUUCUGGCAGAAGACAGGCGCCGUCUACCGCGCAGAGCAUGCACACGAAGACCAAGGAGGUGGUGCUGGCACCCGGACUGCACUCAAGUCCAAAGUGACCUGGCUUUGCUCCCUCUUUUUCUUCGCUUACAUGGGCGUCGAAGUCGGCCUCGGUGGCUGGAUCGUAACUUUCAUGCUGCGUGUCCGCAAAGCAUCUGCAUAUGCUUCCGGUAUUUCCGCAACGGGUUUCUGGGCAGGCCAGGCAGCUGGCCGAGCAGGCCUGGGGUUUGUGACUGAGCGCUUCGGCGAGAGACUUUGCAUCACUAUCUACCUCGCCUGCUGCAUCGCCCUCCAGUUGCUUUUUUGGCUCGUCCCACAGUUCAUCGUCUCAGCUGUGGCGGUCGCCUUUCUAGGAUUCUUCCUUGGUCCGAUGUUCCCCGGUGCUGUCAUGAUGACAGCUAAGCUGCUUCCGAAACACAUCCACGUGAGCGCUAUCGGCUUUGCGAUGGCCAUUGGAGGCACUGGAGGAACUGUCUUCCCAUUUAUCAUCGGUGCUAUCGCAACUCAUAAAGGAGUUGGCGUUCUCCAACCAAUUAUUCUAGCACUCAUUGCCGUAGUUGCUUUGGUUUGGCUCAGCUUUCCUCGCAUCAAGAAGAAGGACUAG